AUGUCGGCGAAGAACUAUUACAACGGCGGCGCUGGCACCUACGCUCCUCCUACUGGUCCUCCUCCUCAGCAAAGUAGUUACAAGGCCCCGCAAGGCCCGCCACCUAUGAUGGGUGGAGGCUACCCGCCUCAGGGUGGUUACUACCCGCCACCACCUCAGCAAGCGUAUGGUGGUGCCCAGGCAGGUUACUACCCCGGUUCUCAGCAGCCUCAGCCUGUGUACAUUCAGCGCCCUCAAGGUGGUGCUGGCGGUAGUGCUGGUGGUGGCUGUUGCGCAUGCUUGGCGGCCAUGCUGGCGUGCUGCUGUCUGGAAGAACUAUGUCUUGAUAUGAUGAUGUAA